AUGAAGGAGAUUGAUCAAAAUAUCAAGAAUUACGUUUCUACUUACCAUAGGACUUCCGGAUUGUCAAAAUUCCCAAAUGAACAGGAAAAUAAUGUCAAAAAUAAGUCAUUUGCACCUAUUCAGAUAACCGUUGAACAAAUUCUAAAAGAGACAUAUUCUGGAUCUGCAAACAAUAUAGGAGGAAAUAACAGCUUAUCUAGACUGUACAACUCAUUUGAUUUUAGAGAUAUUGACGAGCUAGAAGACUAUAGAAUUAGGAAGAGGAAGGAAUUUGAGGACAGUAUUAGAAGAAAACGAUGGAAAAUUAGUUUGUAUCUUUCUUAUGCUAAAUGGGAAUCACUACAAAAUAAUAUACCUAAUUCUAGAUCCAUUUUUGAGAGAGGAAUUCUCGUAAAUUAUGAAAACGCACGAAUUUGGAGAGAAUAUAUUAAACUUGAAAUUACAAACGGCAAUAUCAACAAUGCCAGGAAUCUAUUUGAGCGAGUAACUCACCUGCUACCUAGAAUUGAUGAAUUCUGGAUCAAGUAUAUUCAGAUGGAGCUUAUUCUUAAAAAUUACAUUAAUGUGAGACAUAUUUAUAAAAAAUGGAUUAUCUGGAAACCGGCUCCUAGUGUUUAUAUUCAAUAUUCUAAAUUUGAAGAGGAAUGUGGAGAAAUCGAAUCAGCUAGACAAAUAAUGAAAGAACUCGUGUUUUCAUAUCCAGAUGAGAGAAACUUUUUCCUAUAUAUUAAGUUUGAACAGAAGUACAAUAAUCUUCUGUCGGCAGAACAAAUUAUUAAUAUGUUAAUUGAUUUUCUGAAUGAAAUAAAAGGUACAAAAAUUACUCAUCUGUUUUUUUCAUAUAUUUCAGAUAUAUUCAUCAAAGAGAAGAAAAUUGAUGAAGCUAUCAAACUUUGUAAUGAAGGAAUCAAAAUAUUAAAAGAUGAACAAUGUAUCCAAAGCGUUAAAGACAAGCUUUUUCAGUUGUUUAAAAUUGGAAUCGAUGAAAGACCUGAGAAUACAGAGUGGAUAAAUCAUAAAUUACAGUAUUAUCGUAAUAGAUUAUUUCUUAACCCGCAAGACUUCGACUUACUAUUUGACUACACAAUGUUUAUUAUUCAAUACUUGGAAUUAGAUUCAGUGUUACAAGAAUAUGAAAAUGUUAUUUUUAAUUAUAAUAUCAAUGAUAUUCUAAACUGGGAAAAAUAUUUAUAUUCUUGUUUAUUAUUCACAUAUUUUUUUGAGAUUAAUCAAGAGAUUAAUAGUUCAAACAUUAACAAAAUGUAUAAUUAUUUCAUUCACUUAAUUAAAAAUAACCAAAUUUCUGAAGUAAACGGUAAUGAAUCGGGAAUCAAAUCUUCUGAAUUAAUUAGCACUACAGGUAUUGAACAGAACAGUAUACUGUCUAAAAUAUUUAUAUACUUUUCAAAUCAUCAAUUACGUAAUGGUAACUUGAAUACGGCAAGAAAAAUAUUAGGUAUUGGAUUAGGUAGAACCCCAUGUACGAAGCUGUUUGAUCAUUAUAUUGAUAUCGAAUUUAAAUUGGGAAACUUUGAUCGCUGUAGAGUUUUAUUUACUAAAUACAUAGAAUAUGAUCCCAUUUCUACUGAUGCAUGGAUUAAAUAUAUGCGGUUUGAAUAUAAUCUUCAUGAGAUAAAAAGAGUUAUUAGUAUUGCAGAAGCUGCAAUUUCCAUGCCGGAACUGGACUCUCCGGAAAUUGUUUGGCAAUACUAUAUCGAAAUAAUGAUUAAUGAAAAAAAUAUUGAAUCUGCAGAUAAUAUUUAUAAACGCUUAUUAGAAAAGACUCAGCAUAUACAAGUUAUAAUCAAUUAUUCUACAUUCAUUAUCUCAAAAUUACAUGACAACGAACUAAACCGGAAAUUUAUUUUAGGAAUAUUAAAUAAAUAUAAGGAUAGACAAAUGGACUACCAAAGAUCAAUUUUACUUAAGUAUUGGCUUGCUCUUGAAGAGAGCCUUGCUUUAAAAAAUUUAGAUUGUGAAAGUAAGUUUUGGGUAGAAAUUGUUAAUAAAUUGCUUCCAAGAACUGUAGUAGAUAUUAAUUUAAAAAAAAAAACAUAUGUUUUUAAAGAAGAAAAUUAUGACUUUACCCAAUUGACUUCUAUAGAUAAAAAUAAUGAACUAAAAACUCCAUCAACAAAUAAAGAUGAUCAAGCACCAUCGUCACUAAUUGAUGCAGCAAAACAAUGGAAGAAAGCUAAAAUAUAA